GCGGAAAGAGGCAAAGGACUAAAGUUUUUUGUAUCUGCAGAACCGCUUGGGAGAUUUCGCAGUUUUUUUUUUAUCCACAUUUCGUAGCUGAGCAUUGUCAUCUUUCCUGCGUUGUUUUCGUUAUCCGUUGCGUUUGGCCAGCUUGCGUAUCCCUUCUCCCGCGCCCUUGACCCUGUGUCCCCCAAUAGGGCAUUCCGCGGUAGGUUCGCGGUAGUUUUGGUGAUCUCGCUGAAAACAGCAGGCCUGUCAGCGGGCCAAGCUACUCUCGUGUGAAACAUGCCUUCGCAUCCGGACAAUGGCCAAGAUGGUGAGCACAAUGUUUGUCGGAGUGAGUCAAGGGAGGGGCUAGUUGCACCGGUGCGCUAUACGGAAAGUCAUGGUCCACGAGUUAUUGCGUCCAAUGGGAAAACUAGGAAAAGCCGGACGGCAGACCCGGGAUCCUAUCCUGCUGGGAUGCCCCUUCCACCGAAUUCCUUUGGGCCUCCAAUAGGAACAGGUCGUGCUUCAAACACCGCUCCGUCAAGGCAAUCUACCCAAGUCCCACGAACGAAUACGUCAGAAGGAGACCUUCGACGGAAGAAAUCACUCGUUCGUCAAAGUCGUGGUCAUGGAAAGAACGGAGCCGGGCGAGACCUGGAACGCAGAAUAUCAGCACACUCGACAUUGACUCGCAAUGACACACUCCACCGUCGGUCGCUUGGGCGUAACAAAGCGGAAAUCAAACAAAGAACAACUUGCUGGACCGUCGCUGUGAAGAUGUUGACAUGUUAUCUACCUGCUCCCUUGUUGAAAUUCAGUGGAAUCAAGGACCCACUGAUUCAAAUGGCAUUCCGUGAGAAGAUUGCCCUUUGCAUCAUCAUUGGCUUCUGUAUGCUUUUUGUGGGGUUUUUGACAUUCGGCUUCAACGCAGUCGCUUGUAGACAUAUAGGACAAAAUGUCAACUAUAAGCAACUGGUGGGGAGUAGUUCAUUUGCCAUCCGUGGGAAGAUGUAUGAUGCGAGUAAGGCUCUCGAAAUCCUGAACGGUAAUCGACAGCCAGUAUUAGAUUAUGUUCAGGUUGCUGGGGAAGACCUCAGUGUUUUAUUUCCUGUCAGCAAUGGCAAAUGUAGAAAGCUUUUCGGAGACGCACAACCGUUCCCGUGCACUCUCACUGGAGUGUGGCCACCAGCAGCAGGGCAGGUCACUGGAUGCCCUUUCGCUGGCCUUCCUUUCAAUCCUUUGGCCGCUAUCCGACCGCAAGCGGAUUACUUUUUGGACUAUGAUGUAGUCAAGGCAAGCACCGAUUUACUUGUAUAUAAUGGCAACGUACUGAAUAUCUCUCGAUUGGCUGAAACCCCUGAACUUUUUGGAGAUAAAUUUUAUCAGAUUGUACAAAAGAACCGAGGAAGAGAUGCCACCAAGGUAUUCACAUCAAAAAAUGGCUUGAAGGAUAGAGCCGAUUGCCUGGACGAAAUUUUCCGGAUUGCGAGAGUUGACUCUACGACAUUCGGAUGUGUUGUAUCCGACGUUCUUGUGUACAUUUCGCUAGUAUUCAUUAUGGGGACAGUCGGAGCACGCUUUAUUCUGGCCGUCAUAUUUCAGUAUUUGAUCGGCUGGAAGCUGGGCGAACGGGAUAAGGACUCACGAGUCGCAGCAGAUUUGCGACGGCGUCGACAGGAAUUGGCUGCUGCUGGGGCAGAGAACAGGUCGCCGUCACCCCAGGACGCUAUCCAAAUGGACAAUAUGCACAAUGCGAUGGAGAGACGAAAAUCUUCGGUCGGUUCAUUUGCGCCCACCCAACCCGCGCGUAAAGCUUCCGACUCAUCCAUUCGGCGCUCUACUGUUGGAGAACCGGUUGUUGGGCCCAAUGGGACAAUGAUGCAACCGACCCUCCCUGAUGUGGAUGUACCAGAGAUCGACAUGGCAAUUCGGAAUCGCUACAAGGAUCUGCAACUGUCGGCGCCGUACACCCAUGCUGACCCAGCCUUGAAUGACCCCACCUUGAUGCACACAUUGGUCAUGAUUCCUUGUUAUUCGGAAGGGUAUGCUUCUAUACGCGCCACUCUUGACUCCCUCGCCCAUGCGUACUACCCUUCCACGCAUAAGACUCUGUUCGUGAUUGCAGACGGAAUCGUUCAGGGAUCUGGAGAAGCGAAACCUACCCCCGAGUACUUGAUCGAUAUGAUGGAAAUUGAUGAACGGUUCCGCGAUGAUGAUCCUAGGUGGGGAGGAAUACCGGAGGCUUAUAGCUACGUUGCGAUUGCCAAUGGAACAAAGAGAAAGAAUUAUGCACGAGUUUACGCGGGAUGGUACCGGUAUGCCAUAAAGGAGGGAAAGCAGAAGGGUGGAAAGAAAGGAGAAAGAGCAGUGUCAGUAUCCUAUCCCGAUGACAAGGCUGGGGUUGACGGAGAUUCUGAGAAGCAGCAAAAGCUUUCUCGAAGCAUGUCGAGGACAGUGAAGAAUCGCAAAGACGGGAAAGUCCCUAUGAUCUUGGUGGUCAAAGUGGGUAACGAAGAGGAACGGAACCCCGACAGUGGCGUCAUGAAGCCCGGCAACCGUGGCAAACGUGACUCUCAAGUGCUGCUAAUGCAGUUUCUGACCAAAGUCAUGUUUGACGAUCGGAUGACGGAGCUUGAGUUUGAUAUUUUCCACAAGCUAUGGACUAUUACCGGCCUGCAUCCUGACAAGUACGAAGCGGUCCUUAUGGUUGACGCUGAUACUCGAAUCUAUCCUGACUCCAUUACGCACCUUGUGGCAUGCAUGGUCCGAGAUCCAAAAAUCAUGGGUGUGUGCGGAGAGACCAAGAUUCAUAACAAGUGGCAAAGCUGGGUGACGAUGAUUCAAGUUUACGAAUACUACAUCUCGCACCAUCUAUCAAAGGCAUUCGAGUCUGUCUUUGGUGGUGUAACAUGUCUCCCUGGAUGUUUCUCGGCGUACAGAAUCAAAGCUCCCAAGGGUCGAUCUGGUCAAUGGGUCCCGAUUCUAGCAAAUCCGGACGUAGUGGAAGCGUAUUCUGAAAAUAUUGUCGACACUCUGCAUAUGAAGAAUCUACUUCUCCUUGGCGAAGAUCGGUACUUGACAACUCUCAUGUUGAAGGCCUUCCCAAAACGACGAAAUGUGUUUGUCCCGCGUGCGAUCUGCAAGACUGUUGUUCCAGACUCGUUCCCUGUAUUGUUGAGUCAAAGGAGGCGAUGGAUUAACAGUACAAUCCAUAACCUCUUGGAAUUAGUGUUGGUGCGGGACCUUUGUGGAACUUUUUGCUUCAGUAUGCAGUUUGUCAUCUUCAUGGAACUGGUCGGGUCGGUGGUUUUACCGGCAGCGACAGGCUUCACGAUCUAUUUAAUUGUGCAAACUUUUGUGUCGAGCGACCCACAAAUCAUUCCCCUCGUGAUGCUUGCAGCAAUUCUUGGACUACCAGCAGUCCUCAUAUUGUUGACUGUCAAGCGUUUGAUUUACAUCUUUUGGUUCCUGGUCUUCUUGGUCGCUCUUCCGCUGUGGCAGGUUGUGCUUCCACUAUACGCCUUUUGGCAUUUUGAUGAUUUCUCAUGGGGAGAGACACGUAAAGUCAGCGGCGAGAUCAAAGCCGAGGAUCACAGUCGAAAGGAUGGAGAGUUUGAUCAUAGCGGGAUCAAUAUGAAGAGAUGGAGUGAGUGGGUACAGGAACGAGCACUGACCGAGGAGCGUCGACGACGGGUCCCAGAGAUGCCACUCCGAGCGCACAUGAUGGUGCGACCCAUGUCGACUUUUGCUCCACCGACACCUUUUACGCCUGCUAUGGGUCAGACAAUUGGAUAUCGGAUGUCUGCAAUGCCCCCGACGGGAAUGCCCUUGCCUCCUGGGACCACGAUGCCACCAGGGUUGCUACCGCCGCCCGGUGCACUUACGUUACCGCCCUUGAACAGUGUUCCUUUUGAUGCAAGGGCGAGUGUUAUGAUGGUACCAGAUGGGAGAGCGAGCGUUAUGCUAAUGCCUGAUGCAAGAGGGAGCGUCAUGAUGGUACCUGAUGGACGUGGAACUCUGAUGAUGGCCCCAGGUUUCCCUCAUUUUUCCAUGAAUCCUCACAUGUCCGCUAUGCCAUCUGGCAUGCCUCUCCCUCCCGGAUACUAUGCCCCUCCUCCACAGCUUGUUCACCAACGGAAACCAUCGACAUCGGGCGGAUCGUCCAAUGCACCAAGUCAAGACCCACGUUCUGAUGCUCCAAGAUCAAGUAGUGAGUCGUCUGCGACAAAGGUGGAAAGUGAGCCAUCGCCUAGUGAAUAGGAGGCUAGUUUUUGUGGAUAUACAUGGUAUUUGUAUUUUGGGCAGAACUCAAUUCGUGUACAGUAUAGAAUGAUGGGUAUGUAAACUGUAGUACAGCAUAGAGUUGCGGAAUAUGUUAAUGAUAUGAAAUGGAUAGUGGCCUCAAUACAUCUGAUACAGCUUAUUUCCAGU